AGUAGGCGUGGUGUGUGUUUUGGAUGAAAAUGUCAGGUUAAUUGUAAAUGAGAGCGGCGUUUGGUAAAGAAAUUCGCAAGUUCUUUUGAUUAUUUUUACACGAUUUUAAGUCAACAACGACUUCUCAUCAGUUCAAGCCUUUUAUCCAAUUCUUUUUGAAUUUUUGAAAACUGUUAAAGAUGUGAAGGGUGAAGGUUUAUUCAUGGACACCAGUUUCUAGACACCGUGCGACUGUGUUCUUAAAAUCGGCGUUGAGUUGAUUGAAAGAAGGUCAUGCUUCCGUCUAAGGGCAAGUUUUCGUUGUACCCAUGUCCACAUUUGCCCCUCAGCAGUUGUGGAAGGCCGUAUUGUCCAUUCAGUCACACAUUAGAUACUGGAAGUAGUGCCCCAAACCUACCUCUGCCACAACAAAGAGCUACUGACAAAGUCGAUAUAAUACCAGAAAAAGAAGCAACCCCAGUAACCAAACAUGUUAGUUCAUCACCACCCCCUCUGGCAGCUCCGACUCCUAUCGUCAUUAAAACGGAACCAGACGAUGAUGACCUUAUACCCCAGCUGGAAGCCCUUUUUGGCAUGGAAGGGGCGCCAGACUUAUCUCGCAUUGAGCAGACCUUAUUUGAAACUCCUCAGUAUGAGCCGACUCCCAUAAGCGAGCUGAAAAAUUAUUCUAAAACUUCGGUCAUUGAGACUCUCAGCACAUACGAUCCACAAGAGAACUCUAAACCUUUGAAAGUAGAGGAGUAUGUUCCUUUACCAAUUAAAGUGGAACAAUAUGAGCCAAUUGCACCCCCCGAGCCAGAGAGCUCGUAUGUGCCAACGAAAAAAUCUACUAAACAUAAUCUGUCGGCUUCAAAAAAGUCUUCAUCUCCUUCGUCUUCUAAGACAAGUACUCACAUAAGCAGUAGCAAAAGUGGCAGCUCAAGCAAACACUCCUCAAGCAAAUCAAAGUCUGAUUCAACUUCUAAGAAGACCGUGAGUGACAAGACAUCAAGUUCGUCUAAAUCAAGCCUCAAAAGCAGUGAAAAAUCCUCAAAAAGCAGCAGCAGUCACUCUAAAGCAAAGUCCAGUGAUAGGAAAAGUAGUGAAAGCAAAAGAAGCAGAUCUGUGAGUUCCAGCAGUGAAAAAACGAAUGGAGAGAAGAGGAAAAAGUACAGUCCCGAACCCUGCAAAUCAAAAGAAAUUUUAAUUUCUUCUGAUGAUGAAAUGGACUACACCCCAACAACUGUGAUUUUGGAUAAUGAUAGUGAUGACGAAGAUAUUUUCAAAAAUUUAAAAAAGAAGACAGAGCUAAAACCAAAAACGUCUUACACUAUACCUAAGGUGACCUCAGGCAAAGACGAAAGUGAUGAUGAUAUUUUCAAAGAUGUUAAAAGUAAAACGGAAACAGCUAAACAAGCUCAGAGUUCAACCAAAACAUCUACUGCUAAAGAAUCAAAUAAGCGUAUUGUCAGUGAUAGUGAUUAUGAAGUGGGUCAAGCUGCAGAUGAAGAAAACUAUUCCGUUCCUGAUAAGAAAAGAAGGGUGGCACAUAUGUCAAGAUUUGGAUUUCAACCUAAGACAACAAAGAAAGUUAUCCGACCAGUUGUAUCUUCCGUUGGUGUGGUCUUGGCUGAGAGGUGGAAGAAGCAACAGGAGCUCAAGUUGAAUGCAAAUCAAGAUAAAUUGUCAGACGAUGAUAAAAACACACGAGUGGGUUGUGCGCAAAAAGGCAAAGCUAGGGUAGCUCAUCAAACAAAACCUGCAGAUGCAAAAACUGUCGCCCGACCUAAAAUUACACCAAGCCCUUCUAAGGUUCCUGCUGUGAAAAGACAGUAUGUCCUCGACCAGCUCUUUGACAUGUGCGUCACAAUCUAUGAAAAGCAGGAUGAUGCAGUCAGCAAGGCACUCGAGCUGGAGCUGGCCAUCCUCGCUAAAGCGACCACCUCCAACGUGUACACCAGCGUCUUCAUCAGUCAGAAGAGACUUCUUGAGAAGAGCACCAUGCCGCCUCCUCUGGGCACCGGAUUACUCUGCAUAGCACCCUCGGCCCCAAUGCGCCACAUUACCACCAUGGGCGCCGACAGCAAGAUCGAGCGCAUCAACGUGUUCACUAGGACGAUUGAAGUCAAGGGCGAAUUCCUCUACAAACUGAUGUCCUCGUAUCUCCUAAGCAAAGAUGAGCUUAAGGAGCACGGGUUUCCUCUGCCGGAUGAAAAUGACCGCAGAAGGGCGCUUAUUCAUGCCGCAGAUGACAAACGGCGGAAACUUCCCAAUGAAAACCAACGCGAAUGCUGCAGAUGCGGUUCAAUUUACGUAGUUAACAACAAGGGCAUGCCAGGAAAACUGUCCCUUGACGAACUCUGCAUUUAUCACCCGAAGAGGACGUACAAGAAAAGGAGAGAUCGCACAACAGUGGAGGAUUAUUACAUGUGUUGCGACCGACCGUUUUCUUCUGAGGGCUGCGAGUCCAAUGUUUACCACAUCAGUGAAAACCCUCACUUUGAUCAUCUCACCGGUUUUGUCAGAGCGCAAAGGAGUUCCAGGCCGAAACAAAAGACAGGAGUUUACGCCUUGGACUGCGAAAUGUGUCUCACAACAAAUGGGACCGAGUGCACCAGAGUUACGAUAAUUGACGAGCACAGGAACAAUAUUUAUGACGCCUUAGUCAAGCCUGAUGUUCCAGUAUUAGAUUAUCUCACGAGAUUCAGUGGGAUUACUGAGGAAAUGUUGAACUCAGGGAAUACGAAGACUCUAAAAGAGGUGCAGAGAGAGAUUCUGCAGAUUAUAAGAGCAGAGACCAUAUUGAUUGGACACAGCUUACAAGGCGAUUUAAAAGUCUUAAAAAUGAUUCAUAAAAACGUAGUGGACACAAGUAUCGUUUUUCCUCAUCGAGAGGGCUUGCCGAAACGACGUGCAUUGAAGAAUCUUGCUAAAGAUUAUCUUAUGAGACUGAUUCAAGUUGAUGAAAGCGGACAUGAUAGCAGUGAAGACGCACUUGCCUGUAUGGAUCUCAUGCUUUUCAAAGCAAAAGAGGACGCUAAGUCCCACCUGUAAUUGUCACCUUCACUGAUGCCCAGUAUUAACUUUUAAGUCUUGUAAAUAGUUUGCGUCAUACUCUCAUCAAGAUAUUUUUGUUCGUGAUCACUUGUUUCUUGAUUAAAUGGUAAUUUAAUUUUGCUGAUAUAAAUGAAAUAAAUCUUACAAAUUAAAUACAAAAAU